AAAAGAAAAAUCAAAAUAAUUAUAAUAAAAACAAGUGAAGCCCCCCGCGAAGGAGCCGCUCAUCCAGAUCUCCAAUCUCACUUCUCUUCUCCACCUCGGCUCUGAGAUUCUUCAAAACCCAAUAGAAAAACUCCAUCUUUUGAUCUUCGAAUUGGUUGCUUUUCGAUCCUUUCAAAUCUCCCGGCAGUGUUCAGAUCUAGGGUUGCAUCUCGAUUGCUCUGCGGACGAGCUCUGGUUUUCGUUUGAUGGGUUUUUUGUUUGGGCAUUCGAUCUGAAGGUGGUGGUGGAUUGGGUUUGUGCUUUGAAGGAGCGAAAAAGCUGUGAAUCAUCUUCAGAAGAGUGAGGAAUGGGGGAGAGCGAGCGAUGUCAGUUGGGGACUGUCGGAGCGCUGAGCUUGUCCGUGGUGUCUUCGGUGUCGAUCGUGAUCUGCAACAAGGCGCUUAUCAGCACCCUUGGGUUUACGUUUGCCACUACUUUGACAAGCUGGCAUCUCCUUGUCACAUUUUGCUCUCUCCAUGUGGCGUUGUGGAUGAGAUUGUUUGAGCACAAACCUUUUGAUCCAAGGGCAGUAAUGGGAUUCGGAAUUCUAAAUGGAAUAUCUAUCGGUUUAUUAAACUUAAGUUUGGGUUUCAACUCUGUUGGUUUCUAUCAGAUGACCAAGCUUGCAAUUAUUCCUUGUACUGUUUUGCUGGAGACUCUUUUCUUCAGGAAGAUGUUCAGUCGGAGUAUCCAGUUUGCACUCACCAUCCUCCUUCUGGGUGUUGGCAUAGCGACUGUUACAGAUCUGCAACUAAAUGUUCUGGGAUCCGUCUUAUCUCUGCUUGCAGUUAUUACAACUUGCAUUGCUCAAAUUAUGACUAAUACUAUACAGAAGAGGUUUAAGGUCUCUUCGACCCAGUUAUUGUACCAAUCGUGCCCUUAUCAAGCACUGACUCUAUUUAUCACUGGCCCAUUCCUUGAUGCCCUUCUGACAAACCAGAAUGUUUUUGCUUUCAAGUAUACACCUCAAGUUCUGGUUUUUAUUGUGCUGUCUUGUCUUAUAUCUGUCUCAGUGAACUUCAGUACAUUCCUUGUCAUCGGCAAGACAUCACCUGUUACCUACCAAGUUUUGGGUCAUCUAAAAACUUGCCUUGUUCUUGCCUUUGGCUAUGUUUUACUUCAUGAUCCAUUUAGCUGGAGAAAUAUAUUUGGCAUUCUGAUUGCAUUAGUUGGGAUGAUCCUUUACUCCUAUUUUUGUUCUGUUGAGAAUCAGCAAAAAGCAACUGAAGCAUCAUCCCAGAUACCCCAGGUGAAAGAAUCCGAGUCUGAUCCUCUUCUAAGUGUGGAAAGUGGAACUGGUCUAGUGGCUGAUAAUGUUGCACCCAAAGCCCCGGUGUGGAGCUCGGACAAAGACCUUCGCGCAUGAGUUAUCAAACUAUGCAGAUUUGUAUCUCUGGGAGUAAAUGGCAUUGAAGAGUUGCCUGAAAUGAAAGACCCCUCAAUAAGCUAGCUAUCAAAUGAAGGCCAUAGUUACCUGCAUAAUAUUAUACUUAUAUCAUUUGUAGCAGUUUUGCCUGUUAAUUUUAUCGAUUUUCAUAGAAAAUGAAGGAUCUCAUGUCGCAUCCCUGUUUUAAAACCAGUUGUUUGUUGUAUACUGAGUUAAGAAGCUGCGCAGGCUAAAUGACAUUCUCAUUCUUCAUUCUCUAAAAUCAGAAAUGAAGUUUCUUUUCUGCU